AAGUAAACUUUAGUGAGGAACAGCAGUGGAAAAUAAUCUAUAUACCUUGCCUCUUUUGCAGUUUGACAAAGUUAAUGAUUAAAAUCUCCUAGAUUUUCCACUACAGUAUCCCCAAGGUGUCUAUUUACCUUGAUUGAUAUUAUUUUAUCUCUUUUGGGCCAAAGAUAACAGCCCCUUACUUCUGUGUAGAGAUUAAUAAUUGAUUAAUUCAUAGUCAGGAAUCUUCGUAAAAAGGAAACCAAUUAUUUUUGGCUGCCACCAUUUACAUGGUCACCUACAGGAGACAGGAGGUGCUGCAAGACUCUGGUAGAAAAAUGAAGAGGGUCCUGGUAUUACUGCUUGCUGUGGCAUUUGGACAUGCUUUAGAGAGAGGCCGGGAUUAUGAAAAGAAUAAAGUCUGCAAGGAAUUCACCCAUCUGGGAAAGGAGGACUUCACAUCCUUGUCACUAGUUCUGUACAGUAGAAAAUUUCCCAGUGGCACGUUUGAACAGGUCAGCCAGCUUGUGAAGGAAGUUGUCUCCUUGACCGAAGCCUGCUGUGCGGAAGGGGCUGACCCUGACUGCUAUGACACCAGGACCUCAGCACUGUCUGCCAAGUCCUGUGAAAGUAACUCUCCAUUCCCUGUUCACCCAGGCACUGCUGAGUGCUGCACCACAGAGGGCCUGGAACGAAAGCUCUGUAUGGCUGCUCUGAAGCACCAGCCACAAGAAUUCCCUACCUACGUGGAACCCACAAAUGAUGAAAUCUGUGAGGCGUUCAGGAAAGAUCCAAAGGAAUUUGCUGAUAAAUUUAUGUGGGAAUAUUCCACUAAUUAUGGACAAGCUCCUCUGUCACUUUUAGUCAGUUACACCAAGAAUUAUCUUUCUAUGGUAGGGUCCUGCUGUACCUCUGAAAGCCCAACCGUAUGCUUUUUGAAGGAGAGACUCCAGCUUAAAUAUUUAUCACUUCUCACCACUCUGUCAAAUAGAGUCUGUUCACAAUAUGCUGCUUAUGGGGAGAAGAAAUCAAGGCUCAGCCAUCUCAUAAAGUUAGCCCAAAAAGUGCCUACUGCUGAUCUGGAGCAUGUUUUGCCACUAGCUGAAGAUGUUACUAACAUCCUCUCCAAAUGCUGUGAGUCUGCCUCUGAAGAUUGUAUGGCCAAAGAGCUGCCUGAACACACAGUAAAACUCUGUGACAAUUUAUCCAAAAAGAAUUCUAAGUUUGAAGAGUGUUGUCAAGAAAAAACAGCCAUGGACAUUUUUGUGUGCACUUACUUCAUGCCAGCUGCACAACCCCCCGAGCUUCCAGAGGUGGAGCUGCCCACAAACAAAGAUGUGUGUGAUCAAGGAAACACCAAAGUCAUGGAUAAGUAUACAUUUGAACUAAGCAGAAGAACUCAUCUUCCAGAAGUAUUCCUCGUUAAAGUACUUGAGCCAACCCUAAAAAGCCUUGGUGAAUGCUGUGAUGUUGAAGACUCAACUACCUGUUUUAAUACUAAGGGCCCUCUACUAAAGCAGGAACUAUCUUCUUUCAUUGACAAGGGACAAAAACUAUGUGCAGGUUAUUCAGAAAACACAUUUACCGAGUACAAGAAAAAACUGGCAGAGCAACUAAGAGCAAAAUUGCCCGAUGCCACACCCACGGAACUGGCAGAGCUGGUUAACAAGCGCGCAAAAUUUGCCUCCAACUGCUGUUUCACAAACUCACCUCCUCUUUACUGUGGUUCAGAGAUUGAUGCUGAAUUGAAGAAUAUCCUGUAGUCCUGAAACAUGUAUAUUAACUUUGACCUAGAGUUGGAGCCACCCAGGGGAAUGACCUCUGAUGACCUAACCUAAGCAAAACCACUGAGCUUCUGGGAAGACAAGUAGGAUACUUUCUACUUUUUCUAGCUACAAUGUCUUCAUACAAUGAUAAGUAUGAUGAUUUGCUAUCAAAAUAAAUUGAAAUAUAAUGCAAACCAUAAA